AUGUCUAAUUAUAGUAAAGCACAACUUAUAUUACGGCUUAAAGAUGCAGAAAGCCACUAUGAUAAUAAAGAAUAUGAGAAAGCUUGGACUAUUUUUUCUGAAAUUGAUACUAUCAAGUUUAAACCAGAUAACUAUCAUUUAAACAAAGAUGAUAUAAAUAUAUUUAAAUAUACUGCCAGAUUUUGGAUAACAAUCUAUAUUUUUGAAGGAUAUUAUAUACCACCAAAUAAACAAAUUGAUGAAAAUCUUAAAGAUUUAUAUUUGCUUAAAAAGCAUAAAACAGGUGUGCUUGGUGUCAAAAAAGAUGAUGAACUUGCUUAUAAAUAUUACAAAGAAGUUGUUGAUUUCAUUCCAAAUAAGGAAAUAGAGUAUUUUAAUUCUAACACAGCAGAUCGUCAUUUAUGUAUUGAUUUUGAUGAUAUGCAACCAAAGUUAAGAAUGUAUGAAUAUAGUACCGUAUUGUUACAGAACGAUAAUACUUGCCUGGAUUACUGUGAUCUAUAUUAA